UUUGGUAUGUCUUGUCUAAGUAUUUAUUUUUGGGAGGGCGGAGGGAAGGGAUUAGGAUACUCAGUGUACUAUUGUGUUUGCAUGUUUACCCAAUGGUGUUGGUUAUUGUACAUGCUUCGAAAGUGAUGCACAGAAGAAUAUUUGGAGGUUUGUGUUGCAGUGUGUAUAAAGAGAGUCAGACUUCACAUGUUUAAUGAAGAGUUAGUAGUUUUAGAUGAUAUUCAAUAAGAAACAAACACGUUUGGAACAAUUUAAUCAACAUCACUUGCGUGUGGGGUAGGGUGUUUUAUGAUCAGUGCGAGUGCCAAAAAUAAAUUCCCUUCGCAAAAACCGUUAAACCAUUAAGGUUUUAUCCUGGACUGAUAACACAACUGUUCCUCUUAUAAUGUUUACUUAAGCUCCCUGUACGAUCAGAUCAUCGGUGACAACUGUGGAAAUUCACCUUACCUGAGAGCACAUUUUUAUCUCUUGACACAUUAAAAAAAAUCAAAACAUGAGCAUCAGCUUUUACAAAGAAGGAAAAACAAUAUCAGACGUGAGAUCAUACAGGGAAGAAGGUGUGGUUUACUACAUAGGUUUACACAGUAGCUGCAGGUGUAGACUUGUUAUGAGCACAUUCUUCGUGUCAUACAUGCCACGCCCGGCUGACUCCACUUUAACAAAAAAAUCUAUGAUGUAUAAUGAUAUGUAUGAGGGUAAAGUUUUAUUAGGUGUUGUGAAAUCAUUGCUCAACAGUCCUAAGUUCACUGACAACCCCAGAUCAAGUUUUACGUCUCUAACGUUACCUGAUUAUGUAUUUGAAGAAGUCAUAGUCACAUAAAGAAAAGGUUGAGAUCUAAACACACCUAUAGCAGUUCAGAAAUGUUUGUAAUCUAGUAGAAAGCUCAACUACAUCAUUAUUCAAAUUUCAAAAAUACGAGUACAAAAACAAAGCAGCAACGUGAGGACUUUGCACCCGCCCUCCUGCUCCACGGAGGCACCUCCCUUUGAGUUUGUGGUGGAGUCUCAAUCUUUUCAGACAGCUGCCUGCUGGAUCUCUGGUUUACGAGCAUGCAAGAGCAGAGGAAAACUUCAGAAGCUUAAGAGUAACGCCCCCCAGGGCAGCAGCAGGAACACACAGGAAAACAAGAAAGAAGAAAAAAGAAGAAGCACUCGACUGUUCGCGAAGUUGGCACAUGAUCCUUCUUUCAAAAAAACAUUUCUGCUUCAGAGGACAACUGGACUGUGGAGGACCACUUUUUGUUGGACAGUGAAGGACUUUGGAUACUGAUGCAAGUAUUUUUAUAUGGAGUUACUGUGUACUUUCAUGUCGCUGCGGUCUAUAACAUAAAACCACACAAACGGAACUUUUCUUCUGCAUUUCAGUACUGUUUUUUCUACCCAACGGAAAUGUCAUUGUUCCUGCCUGCUGCACAUGGUUGGAUUAACACGUUGCUUUAAAUGACCAACAAGUAAAGGAGGACAACUUUUUCCAUCACUGUGUUAGGCUCCAAACUUUCCAGGUUUAAAAAUGUAUAACAACUCUACACAAGCUCUACAAGACACCACCACACUGAACAUUCAAAAUCACUGUAACAAGAGUGAUGAUUUCAAGUACACACUGUACAGCUGCGUUUUCAGCUUGGUGUUUGUGAUUGGACUUCUCUUCAACAUGGUGGCAGUUUAUAUUUUUGCCUGUAACCUGAAACUGCGGAAUGAGACCACGACAUACAUGAUAAACCUCGUCGUCUCGGACUCUCUCUUCGUCCUCAGCCUGCCUUUUCGGAUCGUUUACUUUGUUAAACGCGAUUGGAUGUUUGGAAAUGAGUUGUGCAAGAUCUCUGUGGCCUUGUUCUACACCAACAUGUAUGGCAGCAUCCUCUUCCUCACCUGCAUCAGUGUUGACCGUUUCCUGGCCAUUGUGCACCCGUUUCGGUCCCAAGCUAUUCGUACCAAGAGGAAUGCCAAAUUGGCCUGCUGCACAGUUUGGGUGAUGGUUCUUUCUGGAAGUAUUCCCACUGGGUUUCUUUUGGAUACCACUUCACCCAAAAAUGCCAACUCAAGCUACUGCUUUGAAAACUACUCCAAAAAACAGUGGAAGGCUGAGCUGUCCAAGGUGGUGGUGUUCAUCGAAACUGUGGGCUUCAUCAUCCCUUUGAUGAUCAAUGUCUUCUGCUCCGUCAUGGUGCUACGGACGUUGAGGAAACCCCAAACUCUCAAUCGUGGGGGAAGCCUCAACAAGGCCAAAAUCUUGAGGAUGAUCAUCGUGCAUCUGCUCAUCUUCUGCUUCUGUUUCAUCCCCUACAACAUCAAUCUCAUGUUCUACGCCAUGGUACGCUCCAAUAUCCUAAAAGGAUGCACCGCUGAAUAUGUGGUCAGAACCAUCUACCCCAUCGCUCUGUGCAUAGCGGUGACCAACUGCUGUUUUGAUCCGGUCAUUUACUACUUCACGUCGGAGACGAUUCAGAGCUCCAUCAAACGCAAGUCCACAGCAUGGAAUAACGGUGUCAAGCUGUUUCAAAGACUACAGAUGGACAGCUUGCAAAGCAACCAUAGCGUUUAGACUAAAACUAAUUGUCGUUCAGAGUGAAAAUGUUUGUUGUAGUGUAAAUACCCUUUACCAGGGUUGAAAGUCACAGCUCACAAGUGUAAAACUGUCAGGAAAUGAAUUCAUAAUGUGUUUCACUCAAAAUGACAGGUGUGUAAGCCAUAGUCACGUACAUGGUGCUGCAAAUGAUGAUCAGCUUUUGCACAGGAGACAUUGUAAUUGUAGUUUUAGCUCUUUUAGGAAGGCUCUACUUCAGCAAUGCUGAACCAGUGUUACAACUCUGUUUAUGUACCGUAGUGUGCAGUUUCUAAAUAGCCUCACUUGAGCUUUUAAGCACUUUAUAGAGCAACAUGUUCUAUAACAGCUUUCUUUAUAAUGAAAGUGAAUAAAAGUCAAUAACUUCAAAAAGGUUUUCGAGUUUGAGAUACUUUGUUGAGUUGUGAAAUAUGUGACUGCAAAAGAGGGUAUUACCUCGACCUACUAGUCAUACAGGUACUAGCAGCUGCAGCUACAGGUACUGCAGUUGGCCAAUGCCAUGAAUGCACAAUGAGUCAAUAAAAUUCAAACUGUAGAUCACAGGUGUGGUCAAUAUUUGACUGCUGAAAGGACUGCCAAAGGACUUAUCUAUAAUGAAUGGUCAUAUCUUUGUG